AUGCUGCGCCGUCUCUCCGUCCGUUCCCAAACCCCAAACCAGAUCUUCAAGCGGUUCAUCGACUUUAUCCACUCGUCCGUCUGGGAUAUCCCGAUUUCGACUUUCAUUGAGCACAAAUCGUUAUUAUUCGACGUUGACCACGGCGAUCCCGCCCAACAUGAAGCCGUUCAUCAGGAGUACGCGGCACUUGUUGACGUCUUAAUUGGAUGCUUUUGUGAGGAUAUCGGGAUUACGGGUUCCCAGUUCGCCGAGGCGCUGACGGCCGUCGAGAAGGAGACGCUCAACGCCAGGACCAGGGCAGCCCUCGAGCCGGUGAUGGCCGCCCAGGACCUCGAAAUCUUCAUCCCAAUGAUGCGGAAGAAGAAUGUGGAGCUGCAACUCCAAGCUUUGCAAUUAAUCGAGUUCAUGUGCGGCCUUCUGCCUUGCGUUGGGAGUAUGGAGGAGCUGGAGGAGAUCAGGAAAAGCCACCAUUUGAGUCGAGAAGAAAUGGAUCAUAUUCUCCUGAAUGCCGUGCUCAGGAGGUCGAAAGAAGAGUUCGAUGAGGAGAAGCAGCACCAACUGCAGCUUGACUUGGAGGCGAUCCGGCGAUUUUCAGAAGCCGAGAGAAACAGGCUCGACGAGACUCAUCAGCUAGCAGCCGAUACGGAAAAGUUAGCCAUAGCCAGCGCGCCGCCCACCGCGACGCCUGAGAAACCGGAAAAGCCGGAGAAACCGGAAAAACCGGAAAAACCGGAAAAGGCCUCAACGAGUCAGGUGAAGAAGCCUCCCAAGCCCGAGCCUGCCGCGCAACCGGAAAAGAAAAAGAUUACGGUAGGGCCAGUGCGAGAGCCGAUAGUCGGAAAAGGGGCCCCGCCGAUCUCAGAAAAGCUGAAGGACGAGCGAGAGAGCAUGGAGAAUGCGGACGAGGAGGAGGAGGCCAAGGGGAGGACGCCGGCUGACAUUAAUGCUCUUCUGCAAGAGCCCUCUCGAAUCGCCAGCGCCGACGUGGCAGCGAGGGCAGAAUACCUGAAGGCGCAGCGGGACCGGAUUAUCGAGAAGAAGAAGCAGGAGAGGGAGAGGUUGCUGCAGUUGGAAGAGGAAAAAUCCACGAACGGACGGCCGAAGACGGCGCGCGCGGCGCGGGACGCGCUUCGCGGCGAGACGCGACCGAUUCAGGCAGACGAGGAAGUGGUGAAAGCUCGGAAAGUGCUCGCCGAAAAGCUGAAGCAGGAAUUCGCCCAGAAA